AUGAACCUCAGCGAGUCUACACCUCAAUUGCCAGAGGCAACACCGUUCACACUUUCGCCUGCGAGGGAGCUCGUCCUUUAUUUCGACUUGCACCAAUCUCCCAACAAGUUUUACCACCGCGAGUGCAGGAAGCUUCUCCUAGACGCCUUCCCUGGCGCGCACGCAAUCGAAUUUGACGACAGACUCCUUGUUUACCGCUUCCACCAACUCCCGCCGAAGCCAUGGCCGAAGAAAAUCGCCGGCGUACCCUGCUACUUCACAGACCACGAUAAUGAUCUCGGACCGAUCGUUUCCCUCAUCCGCCGCCGCGAUUGCUCGAGAAUACGUUUGUCUCAACACCUGGAUCUUCGCAAUAACGAGGCGGCAGUUCAUCUGGUGUUCGACCUGGUCAAGGAUUUCUUCAUGCACCGUGCUAUAUCGAUUACGGAAAUUCAGUUUUGGGGUCGGCUGGUCAUCAUCGUCCUUGAGGGCAAAAGGACGAUACCAUUUUCAGUACAGGUAGACUUCUUCAGUCAGUAG